AUGCAAGAUGAUGGAGUUUUUUUCUAUGAAGGUGCAUCAAAUGAUGCAUGGAUUAUUGCCGUGGCGGUAUUAGGAUUUCUGGCUCUAUUGAGUUUAUGUUGUUGUUGUUGGUGGUGGCUAUUUGCUGGAGGACGUCGUCGUCGUCUAGCAAAUAGAGAAAGAAAGAACAAAGCAAGUGAAUACUUAUUGAUGAACGAUAAGACACGCCUAUGUUCAAGUCUGCCAGAAUCAAUCUCUACAAUUAAACCGUCAAUUAUAUCCAGUGAACAACAACUUCCCUUCAAGAAUAAAUUACUAAGUCAAAAUCAUGGGAUUGAGCCAUUUGAUUCCAAGAACGGUGUAUCUGUAAGCAGAGUAUCAACUAGCGCUAGCACCUUGAACACGAAUCCCUAUUUUCGAUCUAUCAGCAACUUAUCAAAAGAUUCGAGUAUUGAACGAGAAUCUGAGACGAAUAGUGCGAGACUUACGACUGUGACACGCAUCAGUCGAAUAGACAGACCAUUGACAAAUGAAGGAAACAAAAAUAUUAAACCUCCAAAUCGUAAUGAAGAAAUUCACCUGACGAAACUUAAUACUGAGAAACUUCCAUCUGUGACCGUGAUAAAAUUACCGAGAGAAAUGUCAACGAAAUCACGUGGUAAUAUUAUCAAGGUAGAGAAAUCCAAUAUUUCGUCUCGAGAAAAUACACAACUAUCAGACAACUCAUUAUCAAGAAUACAUUCGACUAGUUCAGUACGUGUCAGCAAAGUCAAUCGAUCAAGUUUACCAAAUAUGGAUAAUGCAUCACACAAAAUCAAUAAUGUUGUAUCACCAGUGAAUGAAAGAAUAACAAAAGCAGCAAGUUUUAUAAUAUUACCUCAAUCAAAUUUGCCAUCGACAAUGUUUAAUAUGCAUCAGGGCAUAUCGAGUGAAGCAUUCAAGUCAAUUGCCGUUCAACGAAAUUCAUCGCACAGCAGUAAUCAAAAACAAAACGAUAAAGCUAGAUUAUCAGGCAACAGCAAAAAAGAGGCUAAGGUUUCAAUUACGAGAGUACAUCGUUCAAAAGCAUUUGCAAAUACAUGA